AUCGACAGCAUUGGAUCUGCUUGAAUGGAAUCUGGAUCUGGUAAUGGUGACAGUGAAGUGCAGGGGACGAUGCUGGAGCUUCUCAAUCAACUGGAUGGAUUUGAGCAUCUAACAAAAUCAAAGUUAUUCUUUCUGAUGCCAAUGUUCCUGGUGAAGGGGAACAUAAAAUUAUGUCGAAUAUUCGUCUUCAAAGAAACCUUCCUGGUUAUGAUCCCAACACACGCCAUUGCUUGUAUGGUUUGGAUGCUGAUUUAAUCAUGUUGGCUUUGGCUACCCAUGAAGUCGAUUUUGCAA